UACACGGGCUCAAAUAGUGAAUGCAAAUUUAUUUCUCUUUGUUUAAAUAUUCCAAAUUUAUUUAGUUGGAUGAAGUUGACAGAGGAGGAGGAGUGGAUGACAUAGCUGUCAUAAUUCAAGCCGUGCUUAUCAUCUGAUCUGCUUCGUUCUCUUCUUUCUUUCACACGCUAGCAUCUCUUCUUGUUCUGAUUCUCUGUUUUUUGGGGAAAGAGUUGAAACUGUGAAUUAUAUGGAUUCGGGAACAGUAAAGAAGGGUUUGAGUUAUACUCGGAGAAACAAGAAGUGGGUUCUUGCUCUGGGAAUCUUGGGUCUCACUAGUUAUGGUGCAUACAGAACUUAUCAUUCACCUGGCAUGGCAAAAAAGAGGGAGAAAUUGUUGAAACUCAUCAGUUCUUUAGCUUCUUUAGCUGAUAUUGUGUCUGAUUCAACAGAUACAAUUGCAAUUCUCUCUAAAGAUUUCAAGGAUUUCAUACAUUCAGAUUCCGAUCAAAUCCCCACUAGUUUAAGACAGAUUUCAAAGAUUGCAAAAUCCGAUGAGGUCUCAGAGUCUCUGGUCAAAAUCACCGCCGCUAUAACCACCGGAAUUCUUCAAACCUAUCCGCACAAAACGGGAGAUUCUGGCUGCAUUGAUCGCGUUUUGGAUAAGCUGUUCACGGAUAGUGGCUCAGGUUUUGCGUCUGUGGUUGUGGGGAGCUUUGCUAAGAAUUUGGCCAUGGCGUUUUUCUCAUCAUCAGACAGGGUUAUUAGUUCAGAGCCACUACCCGGGUGGGUAAAUAAUGUUCUCUGCGACGAAAAAUGCAGAGAACUAAUUGGGGAUUUCGUGCGUCUCUUUGUCAGCACAGCUGUAACAGUGUAUCUGGAGAAGACGAUGAACAUCAACACCUACGAUCAAAUCUUCGCUGGAUUGACUAACCCGAAGCACGAAACAAGAGUGAAAGACAUGCUGGUGGCGGUCUGCCAUGGCGGGGUGGAGACAUUUGUCACAACAUCUCAUCAAGUUCUCACCAGUGGGAUUAAUCAUAGGAAACAAAUGAAAGCCAGCCAUGAAGAUGAUGAUGAAGAGGACAAGAACAACAAUAAUGUUCUGUCUGUGCCUGGGAACAAAAGGUUUUUUCUUGAUUUGACAGGGAAGGUUACCUUUGAGACCAUGAAAUCUUUGCAGGAGGUUAUGAUAGAAAGGUUUUCGCAGAGUUUAAGCAGAAGAGUUGAUGCUGUGCAGGAUAAGGGUGCAGAAGCUUUGGAGUAUGUGAGGUGGAAAUCCUCUGCGGCAAUCACUGCUUGCCUUUCUUUGUGUUUGCACAUUGUUGAUAGUCCUUGGCUUUUGGUGCCACCUUAACUUCAAUGCACCCCUCUACAUUUCCACUUGUCCUAUCUUUGAGUCCUAGUGGAGGAAGUAAAUUGUCAUAUAUGAAUCGAACCUACACUUCGGGACAUUCUGCUAUACAUAAUUAUCAAUCUUCAUGCAUUAAUUAAUCAGUUGAGUUAUAUUCUAGGAACAGAAGGUCCUAAACUUCACUUAUGUUGUUGUAAUUGAUCCAAAUUGUAUCCAGGUUAGCCAAUUCUUAAA